GGAUAAUGGUUAUCAAACGUGACCUUCACUGUUUAUACAUGUACAAAUGUUAAAAAUCACAAUCCGGUAUAUAAAUUACCAAAUCCAAAUCAGUCAAAACAGGAUUCUCAUCAUGGUAACAUUUCUACACGGUGUCUUCAUUAUUCUUGCAUUUUCGCAGGUCCGCUCCGUUGAAGAACACUUCUACACGAAAGAAGAUCGUAUUUGUAUGGAAAGAUUUGGUGUAGAUAAAGCAUACGUAGACAGCCACAUCACUCCACCGUUUACUGUCAACAAAGGCGAUGCUAAGUUCGACGAAUUCGUCAUGUGCUGGGCCGGCGAAACGAAGCUCGUAGAUGACAGUUUAAAGUUAUCGUACUCGGGGUGGGAGGAUUUUUCGACGGAUUACAUGUUACAAUUCAUUACCAAACCUGACUCUCCCCAUAGACAAAAUAGGAAGGAGUUGGCAAAAAAGUUGGUGAAUGAGUGCGGGCCUAAGGCAGUUGGGAACAGCCCUGCCGAUAGUGUACUUUUGAUGGUCAACUGUCUCUUUGCAGAAUUUAUUGAGCUUGGUAAAGAAUAAGCUGAGGGUUAGAGAACCAUUACAUAUUAUGGGAUUAUGUAAGUUUGUAGAUAGAAAAAAAAACACGUUUCUAAUACGUGUAGCUUGAAAUGUGUAGCUCUCUAUUAUAAAAAAUACAGCUUUUUGUUUUCUCAGA